AUGCAGUGCUACCUCCGUGUAACGAUUCCGCCACAUGAGCAGCACGUACGCCGUCUGCAGGUGGGCUGUGCUCAUGUCGCAUCCUUCUCGCACGUCGUGCCCGGCUACGUCUUCGGCUGCAACGAGCUAGCCCUCGACGCCGGAAUGAUGCAGACGCAGAACAGCUCCAACAACUUCCUGAUGGUCGGCCUGCUGGGCGGCGAGCUGCCGUUCCCCAUCCACGGCGGCUUCGCCCACAUCGACGACGUGGCCGAGUUCCACCUGCGCGUGGCCCUCGAGGAGGCGUACGCUGGCAAGGAUAUUGGUAUUGCGACAAAGGUAGACUACGCUUCUAUCUUUGACCAGAUCAAGGACAGAUUCCCCGGGGCUGUGAAGGAAGGGAUCUUCAAUAAGGGAACGGUCCCUACGCUCCCCAUGGAGUACGACUCGAGUGAUGCGAAGGGUUUGCUGGGCGAGCUGAAGAGCUUUGAGACUGCCGUGUCUGCUGUUGCCACUCAAUACCUCGAGCUGCUGGAGAAAAGGCAGUGA